AUGCCCAAGAGAAAGGCUGACGGGGAUACUAAAGAAGAUAAAGCCAAGAUGAAGGACAAACCACAGAGAAGAUCUGCAAGGUUCUCUGCUAAACCUGCUCCAGAGCCCAAGCCUAAAAAGGCCCCUGCAAAGAAGGGAGAGGAGGUACCCAAAGGGAAAAAGAGGAAAGCUGAUGCUGGCAAGGAUGGGAAUAACCCUGCAGAACAUGCAGAUGCCAAAACAGAGCAGGCACAGAAAGCUGAAGGUGAUGGAGAUGCCGAGUGA